AUGGCCGAAUUAAAAUCGCUAGUCUCGAAACGUGGUGCAGCAAAAGGCAAACUGUCGAGGAUCUUCACUGCAGUUGAGGCCGUUCAACACACCCCCUUAGAUAUUACCAUGCCGCAACUACGUGUUCAUGCCAGGAAUGUGGAAAAAUAUUACGGUGAGUACAACAGCGUACAUGAUAGCAUUAUGCAAAUUAUAAACGAAGAUCAGAAGGUGGAUCAAGAAGAAAAGCUCAUUCAGUUCGAACGGCUUUAUAAUGAUGUGCAAGUUUUGAUUGAAACCCUAAUCGAUGCACACAAUCAAAAUGCUAAUCGUACCCGAGCUGUUGCACAAGUUCCUGAUGCGCAACAUAGUAGCCAAGCUCAACAAUUUGUAAUUCAUCAACAAGCCCUUCGUGCGCCCUUGCCAUCGUUUGACGGGCGGUACGAAAACUGGCCUAAAUUCAAAUCGAUGUUCCAAGACCUGAUGAGAAAUUCUCCAGACUCAGAUGCAGUGAAGUUGUUUCAUUUAGACAAGGCGCUUAUAGGGAGUGCUGCAGGUAUCAUCGAUGCCAAAACGAUUCAAGACAAUAACUAUCAGCAAGCCUGGCAGACAUUAGAGCAGCGCUUUGAGAACAAAAGGUUGAUUAUUGAUAUACAUAUUCAAGGUCUCAUGCAGCUAAAAAAAUUGCCUAGGAAAUCUUUCACGGAGCUGCGUAGUCUUAUAGAUGAAUGUUCACGACAUGUUGAAAAUCUAAAAUUCCAUGGUCAGCCAUUGCAAGGAGUAUCUGAACUAAUAGUAAUCCACAAUUUAUCAGCUGCCCUCGAUGAAGAUACUAAAGAGUUAUGGGAGGGUAGUCUCGAUCACGGGGAACUACCAACCUACGAAGGAACAAUGGACUUCCUUCGUAAGAGAUGUCUUGUUUUAGAACGGUGCGAAACGUCUGCACAAACUGCAUCCUCCUCCAGACAGUUGCAACCUGCUACAAAAGGCUUAUCAGCCAAUAGAGGAAUAAAGGUUUCUGCGACAACGACAGCUUCACCUGAGACAAUUUGCGAGCUGUGUGGAGGCAGUCAUCCGAAUUUCAAAUGCAGUGUAUUUCAAAGUAUGAAUAUUGCGCAACGGUUGGCUAAAGUUAGAGAAGCAAGGAUAUGUUUCAAUUGUCUUCGUAAGGGCCACAUGAGUAGAUCCUGUUUAUCCCAAAGAACGUGUGCUAAAUGUAACCGUAAGCAUCACAGUUUGCUUCACCAAGAUGAAACUGGUGCGGGUCUUUCGGAAGAAGCCAGGGAAACACUGGAGGAUAGGUCCUUCGAACGUGCAGAUGUUACUGCUUGUGUUGAUUCAAAUUCGCAGGAAGGUUGUAGCAGUGUUUCAGUAACGUCGUCGUAUAUGGAUGCGGGCGUUUUACGGUCGUCCAACCAUGUGCUGCUUCAAACGGCAAUAAUUGAUGUGGAAGACAUACAUGGUCAUUUUCAUCCAUGUCGGGCGCUGUUGGACUCAGGUUCACAGGCCCAUAUCCUGUCGAAAUCGAUGGCUCAGGCUCUCGGUUUACCGAUUCUGAAAUGUAAUGUAACAGUAGUUGGAGCAAACGCAGUGAAGACGCAAGUAACGAAGGGAUUAAACUUAAAUUUCUCGUCGAGGUACUGCUCACUUCAAGAUAGCAUCAUGUGUUUGAUUUCGGAGCAGCCAACCGGAAACAUUCCAUCCCUGCCAAUUAAUGUGUCGUCGUGGAAAUUGCCCCAUGGUUUAAAAUUGGCAGAUCCUGAUUUUUACAAGGAGGGUCAAAUCGAUUUGAUACUUGCCUCUAAUUACGUUUGGGACUUACUUCGAUCUGGUAAGGUUUCCUUAUCCAAUGGUACAACAUCAUUGCGAGAGACUGGUUUGGGUUGGAUCGUCACCGGUACUUACGACCCAUAUCAGAAGGUGAGUGGUUCUGUUUUGCUUUCUAAUACAGCUUUGUGUGAUACGCUAUCCAAGCAACUGGAACGGUUUUGGAUCAUUGAGGAGAUGACGGAAGCGCAACCGUUCAUUACCGAAGAUCAUGAAAUAGAACAGCACUUCUCAGAAACGUAUCGCCGGGAUGAAUCCGGCAGGUUUAUUGUUCAGAUGCCUUUUCGUGACACGGUCGUCGAACUCGACGAUAACCGACACCUUGCUUUAAAACGGUUUUAUGCGCUUGAAAGAAAAUUGUCACGUAACCCCGAAUUUCGUAAGCAGUACAAUGAUUUCUUGAAUGAAUAUGAGUCACUUGGACACUGCAAGGAGAUUAUUGAAGAUGAUAAGGUAUCUGAAUUGCCACGAUACUACCUUCCACACCAUGCAGUUUUCAAGAUGACGAGCUCUUCAACCAAGGUAAGAGUGGUUUUCGACGCUAGCGCAAAGUCGUCAAAGUAUUCCUUAAACGAUGUGAUGAAAUCUGGCCCAGUUGUUCAAAAUGACAUAUUUUCCGUGCACCUUCGAUUCCGGCGUCACUUGGUUGGAUUUUCUGGUGACGUGACGAAAAUGUACAGACAAAUCGAUAUUGAUGAGUCUCACACCCGAUUUUUGCGUAUCUUCUGGAGGGAAGAUCAUAAUAAGCCAUUGAGAGUGUUGGAAUUAUGUACCGUGACAUACGGAACGGCUGCUGCGCCAUUUCUUGCGACUAGAUGCCUGGUUCAGUUAGCUAUUGAAGAAGAACAUCGGUUCCCAUUUGCGUCGAAAAUGGUAAUGAAGGAUAUGUACGUGGACGAUUUGCUGUCUGGUGCUGAUACAGAAGAAGAAGCAGUACUACGUGUCUGGGAGGUGAAGCAGCUACUGGCUGCUGGAGCAUUUCCAAUUCGUAAAUGGAGUUCAAACUCAUCAGCAGUACUUGAAAGUGUCCUUGAAGAAGACCGAGAAAAAUUGAUAAAAAUUAGUGAAAACGAUAUGUACGAAGGUUCUAGAGCGCUUGGAAUAUUUUGGAAUACAAAAAGUGAUACGUUUACAUUUGAGAGUUGGCCAGAAGAGCUUAUACAGCAACCGUUGACAAAGCGUCAAGUUCUUUCCGAAAUAUCAAGGUUGUUUGAUCCGUUGGGGUUAGUAUCUCCUGUGAUAGUACGCGCCAAGCUUGUAAUGCAAAGAUUGUGGUCCUGUAAAAUGGACUGGGACGAUGAGAUUGAAGGUGACAUUCUACAAGAUUGGGCUUCUUUCAGACACUCGUUUACAAUGUUGGAUCAAAUGGAAAUACCCAGAUGUGUUAAGAUUCCUGGUGCCAUUAGUUAUGAAAUCCAUGGUUUCUCCGAUGCUUCUACAUUAGCGUAUGGAGCUUGUGUAUAUUUGCGCAAUGUGUUUGGUGAUGGAACUGCCGAAAUGCGCCUUUUGUGUGCCAAAUCAAGAGUGGCACCGUUGAAGACAGUGACGAUUCCAAGGUUAGAACUCCGUGCCGCCGAGCUUUUAACUGUGCUAGUAGUAAAGGUAAUAAAGACAUUAGAACUUGAUAUUACGAAGGUUACAUUGUGGUCUGAUAGUCAAAUAACAUUAGCAUGGCUAAAGAAGCCUCUCAACACACUAGAGGUUUUCGUUCGUAAUCGAGUAGUGAAGAUUAAUAAUUCCACCGGUGCCUAUGAAUGGAAAUACAUCAAUACUAAACAAAAUCCUGCUGAUGUUGUGUCACGUGGGCAGACACCAGCUGCUUUGAGUCAAAAUGAGCUCUGGUGGUGUGGGCCAGAGUUCCUGAAGGAAUUUGAGUAUUGCGAACCAGACCGUCCUCUAAUUGAAAUAGAGAUUCCUAACAUGCAGAAAACAGCCGCAGUGACACUUAUUGAACCCUUGCCAGUAUUUCUGAAUUUUAGCAACUUUCGUAAACUACAAAGGAUUAUUGCUUAUGUUUUUCGUUUCAUGAAAAAUUGCAAAACGAAAUCUAAGAAUCCUAGCUUGAUAAUCGCAACUAAAUAUGUUACUGUUCUUGAAAUGGAAACUUCGUUGAAGGCCAUUAUCAAGGUGCUACAGAUGUUGAAGUUACCUUGUGAAAUCGAUAGUAUUGAAAAGGGUAAAAUUCCACAGAAACUUGCCAGCCUCAGUCCUUUUCUCGAUGAUGAUCAUCUUUUGCGUGUUGGUGGCCGAUUACAGGAGGCUGAUUUUCCCUAUCACACAAAGCACCCACUUGUGUUGCCAAAUCAUCCAGUUGCUGAAAUGAUCAUCCGGGCUCUUCAUAUCGAAAAUUUACACAUUGGUCCUUCUGGAUUACUGGCAAUUGUUCGUCGUAAGUUUUGGCCUUUGAAGGGGCGCUCAACCACCAGAAAGGUUACUCGUAGCUGUAUCCAGUGUUUCCGCGUUAAACCACGAGGAGUUGAACAGCAGAUGGGCAGCCUACCUACAGAGAGAGUGAAUAUCGCCGCACCAUUUGAAUUCACUGGUGUUGAUUAUGCUGGUCCUGUUUCAGUUAAACAAGUGGUGCUGUUGAUUGAAGACAAUCUUCCACCUCAGAUGUGGAAACUUGGUGUUAUAACUGCUGUGCAUCCAGGAAAGGAUUCGCUGGUUCGAGUGGUGGACGUGAAAACUUCGACUGGAACGUAUCGCCGUAGUAUCAGCAAAUUAGCUCCGUUACCAAUUGAAGAUAACGAAGGUCUUCGAAUUUCAGCUUCGCAGCCGCGGGGCAAGAUGUCCGCAUCCGAGUACUUCUGA